AUGACAAUAACAACAACAACACCUGUUGUGUCAAUGAGAUCCUCUUCCUCCAUUCUCACUCAUAGAUUCCAUUCGGGAAAGGAUCAUGUUCUAUUUCAAAAAUUAAAGGAACAUUUGAAUAACAAACCACAACCCAUUCAUGCCUCCCUUUCGACCCGAACGAUUUCUGAAACUCCAAACACAAAUUAUGUGUACAGAGGUCCAACAUCAAGCGAGAUUUGUGUUUCUAAUUUAUUGUUGGGCAGAUACAUUAAAGAUUUGUGGUGUGAACAAGUCAAUCCCUACUCAGGAACACCAGAAAUUCUUUCUGACAUUUCUGUCAUGAAAAGUUCAGAUUUUAGUUAUGAUUGUGUAAGACCACAACCAUUAUCUUUUUCGAAUACUACUUUCGAUGAUCAAAUGGAUGAUUGUUUUAGCGUUGUGGGAAUUAGAGCUUUUGAUUACACAGGUACUUUUAUCAUGCCUGGAACGAGUUACAUGAUUGAAGCUUUGAGAAACGGUAGAAUAUUCUUUAUUAACACAAAUAUUCAAUAUAUUUUGGGAGGAGCAACCAGAAUUUAUUACAAGCCAGAUAAAUAUGAGAACAUUAUCAAAUUUGAUGGUCAUGCUCAAGUCACUGGAAAAGGUUCAGAUUCCCAUGACCACAUUUCCUUUGCUCAAAAAUCUGUAGAUUCCUCUAAUCUCCACAUCAAUGGAAUGUAUAAUAUUGAGAAUCAGGCAUUGCAAUUGGCUAAAACAUGGUACUAUGCUUUAGAUCCAUCAGUGACACAAGUUUUACAACUCAAAAUGAUAAGAGAUCCAACGUCACAAAAUAUUUAUUCAGUCGCAUUGCUCAAACAAAACAAGGAGAACUUGUACCAAUUGAUUUUCUUGCAACCUGAUGCAAUUUAUAACAAUAAUUUUGGUAAUGUGAGAAAAUGGGAUAUCAUUAUUCCAGCUGGUAACGAACAGAUUCACUUUGAUUCUUCAAUUCAAUUUGGAAACUUUUCAUCACGUGCACCAAUGAGAGUGAAUGCCAAAAUUUUCGAAGCAAACAAUUUGGCACUGGCAAGAGCAUUGAUCACUAUUCAUACCGACAAGCAAGUGAGAAUUUUCGAGUUUAACGAUAACAGCGACAACAUGGUCAUUGAUUUCACAAAAGAGGAUUUACUAUCAACCUUCUAUAAUGCUCCAGAAUUUACUAAAAUUACCUAUGCUCAUCUCAUUUCUGAGACAAUACGAAGACCCUUAUCCCUUGACAGAUUUUCAACAUGCUCUAAUAUCAAGUUCCCUCUUUCUCAGAAUGUGUUCUUAGUUUUGGGUUUAACUCAGAAUUAUGAUGGACCUAGCAACAUUAUUUACACCAUGCUUGUCCAUCACAUUCAUGAGUUUUCAAGUUAUAACUUUGUAAAGUCGACUCAAACCAACACAGCAAAUAGACCAGAAAACUUCUCAUGUAAGCCCACAGAAUAUAUUGACAAUACUGGAGCAUGUGCAUCAAAUAUAGAGAGUUAUACAAGAUUUGAUAAUGAAAUACUUUCCAUUACCUCCAAAUUUAUGGAUAUCAAUGAAACCAUCAAUGAAGUUGAUGCCUAUGACCCAGGUGGCCAUCUCAAUGCACCCGUUCUUUGUGAACUUACAUACAUGGGACCAAAUGCUCCGCCAGAUAGAGAAAAAUGUCGAUCCAUGGCUGAAAGUGUUGCUUGUGAAAUUGAUAUUUUCAACGGUGGAUUGGGAGAUGUAUCCAAUUUGUACUCUUUCUUCUAUAGUUAUUGGCAAGAAAAUAUUUUUGUGACUAAAAGCAAUGCAGCAAUAGAAGUGCAUGCAAUGGCAUUAGAUUUGGAUCCAACCGAUACACAGGCUUAUGUUACACUCACAAAGUUGAACAGAUUCAAAGUUUUAGGAAAAAUUGUUGAUCUGCACCUGUCUUCCAACAAUUUGCACAUGUUUAUCUCUGUGAGUCGACAGAGAUGGGAAAUUGAUGCUCUGAAAAGAUAUUCUCUUGUCUGUGAAACACUUUCCAAAAAUCCUGAUGACAUGUUUUUAAAGGCGUUCAAGGAUGAAUGUGAACUAGUUCCACCCAUUCCAAUCAACGAAAACCAAUUCGCACUCGUCACUAGUGCAUGCAUUAAGGGAAGUCUUUGUAGCUCCUUCUCCAGACGUUUGAUUCGAUCCACUUCUUCUAAGGGUACUUUUGUUUAUAGAUCAGUUGCUGAGAUUCCUUGUAUCAUUGGAAGUUAUUGUGUUGCAGGUAUUAGAAUUCCUUGUCCUUUGGGUUAUAUUUGUCCUGACUUUGGAAUGGUAGCUCCACAAAAAUGUAAUGCAAAUUAUGGUUAUCAAACAUGUUACAGUGAUAGUUUAGAUACUGCAUACACAUGUCCAAAUGGAACUCUCUGUACGACUGAUUAUUUAAUACCCAUUCCUGCAAGUCCAGGACACUUUGUUAAAAAGACAGAUUAUGGACAGGGUAUUGUCGUUAUUGACGGACUUGAAAAAUGUAGUGAAGGAGAUUACUGCAAUUUAGCGAGAGAAGCAAUUACAACACCAAAUAAUUAUUCACUCUCAGUCUUGUUGUGUCCAGCUGAUACAUAUUGUGUGAAUGCAUCAAUUUUAGAACCUUCCCUGUGUUCCUAUACUAAUGAUUCGAUGGAUUAUUGUCCACCUGGAACCGUUUCUAAGAAUUUGUGCCCAGCAGGUUAUUACUGUGAAAAUCCAAAUUCUAUCAAACCAUGUUCACCAACUCAGUAUUGCCCAGAAGGAUCUUUCACCUAUCAGCUUUGCCCAGAAGGAUAUUACUGUCCCAAUGCAAGUAUUCACAUUGUGUGCCCAGCUGGUUAUUUUUGUCGACAGGGUUCCAUUGAACCUUCUCCCUGUUCAUGGUUUUUAUCUUCAUGUCCAGAAAAGAGCGCUUCUGAUAGAAUGACUUAUGGAGGACUCUUAUUGGUAUUUGUACUUUUAUUCUUAAUAGCAGUUCUCUAUUUUGCUUACGAAGCUGCUUUCAAAUUGUAUGUCAAGAUGAGUACUAGACAAAGAAAGAGAAAUCCUGGUGAAAGUUCCUCUCUCUUCUCUCCAAAACAAAAAUCUUAUUCAACAGCCAAUUCAGGUACAUGCAGUUUCCAUGAAGAACAAUUCACUGUUGAUAUUGGAUUCCAAGAUUUAGGCCUUGUAUUGAGAGGAUCUGGUAAAAAAGUAUUGAAUGGUGUGACGGGAGAAAUUAAGCAUGGAAAAUUAACAGCUGUUAUGGGUCUAUCAGGAGCUGGUAAGAGUACCUUUAUUACAACACUCUCCAAUCGUGCCUAUUACGGAACACAAGUGGGUAAAGUGUUUGUUAAUGGCAUUGAGGAACGCCUUUCCAACUACAAUAGAAAAAUUGGUUUCGUUCCACAAGAUGAUAUCAUGAUUUCUACCAUGACUGUUGAAGAAACUCUCUAUUUUUCAGCCAAGACUCGGUUGGAUGCUAGUACUCCACAAAAACAGAUUAAUGCCAUUGUGAAUGAUGUCAUUAAGGUAUUAAGAUUGGAAGAUGUUAGACACUCCCUUAUUGGAGAUCAAGAAAAACGUGGUAUUUCUGGAGGUCAAAGAAAACGUGUGAAUGUUGGUAUUGAACUUGUUUCCUCUCCAUAUGUGUUAUUCUUGGAUGAACCAACAAGUGGUCUCGAUUCAGCAAGUUCUAAAGAAGUAUGUGAAGCUCUUCAAGCAAUUGCAAGUUGUGGCAUUACAGUCAUUACAGUUAUUCAUCAGCCUCGUUAUGAGAUUUUCAACAUGUUUGAUACAUUGUUGUUGUUAGGAAAGGGAGGAAAAACUAUUUAUCUUGGUCCAAUUUCGAGAGUUGAAGAAUAUUUCACAGAGCUCGGAUUUACAAAGCCAAAUGGUACCAACUUGGCUGAUUUUGUGAUUGAUGUUUCUGCUGGUCUGAUUCAAAAUGACACCAACGAUUUUGAUCCAAGUUCUUUACCUGACAUUUGGAUUCAAAAGAAGGCAAAAUAUUCGGAUGAGGAACCUGGAAUUGCACAAUAUCUUCCAAAAGAAGAGAAUGGUACUAGUUCACAAUCCAUCAAUUCUUCUCUUCCUCUUAGUGACGAAUCUCGUAAGAAGAAUGAACCACCAAAGAGAUCCAACAACAAAUUCAAGAAUCCAAGAUUGCCCUACUUUUCACAAUUUUUCAUGUGCUUUAAGAGAAGUCUAACACAGCUUCUUCGUACAUUACCAAGUUUAGUAUUGGAUUAUUCUUUAAUUUUCUUGUGUGGUGCAUUCCUUGGAUUAAUUUAUUACAAUAAGGUCUACAUUGGCCCACCUCCAAAAGCAGUUUAUGAAAUGUGUCCAAAUGGACUCCAGGAAAUUUGUUCCCAACCUCUUGAAGAUCCAAUCUAUUCGACAUCCUCUCUCAUGACACUUGCAAUGGCUCUUAUGGGUGCCAUGUCAGCACUUCGAGCAUUCGGUGGUGAAUAUUUAGUAUUUUACAGAGAAAGUCAAACAGGAUUGAGUACAUUUUGUUAUUUCUGGGCCAAGGAUAUUUCAUUGUUUAUUGUGAAUAUUUUCGCACCAGUAGUUUUCUUGAGUAUUUAUUAUACAACGGUAUCACCGAGAGCUCCUGUUUAUGAGUAUUACUAUGUACUGUUAUUGGUUUAUUGGACAUCUUAUGGAUUAGGUUAUUUCAUUAGUAUUAUUAUCAAUCCAAAUAUUGCUCAAUUAACAGCCGUGGUGAUUGUUUUCAUUUUCAAUACUUUCAGUGGUGCUACGACUCCCUUGCCAACUCUUAAAGCAAUGUAUUUCCCAAUUAACUAUUUGCCAUACUUAUCCUAUCUCACGUAUAGUCAUGAAAAUGCCUAUCUGAUUGAAUUGAAGAGAUAUGAAGGAAUGUAUGACUUGUCAAAGAGUUUGAAAAUCAUGGGCUACUCAUGGGAUGAUUUUUACAUGACUAUUUACAUGAUGAUUGUUUAUGGGUUCAUAUUUAGAAUUGCUGCUUUCAUUGCUUUGGUUUGUGUGAAACCUUCGAGUUUGUAUAAUCUGGCUGUUGUUUCCAUCAUUAACUUCUUCCAAACCAAAGUAAGAGCCAUUUUGAGAAUGUUUAAGCGAAAGUCUAGGGCAAGUGAUGUCUAA